CCGUGUGUGGGCGGAGGAAAAGCCUAGUAUUUUGUCCGUCCUGAAAUUUGAUUCAGAACUUCAGGAUCCUGGAAGACAAAAAGCAAACCGAGGGGGAGGGAAGGACGGAGGAGUAAACCCACAUUCUGCAAGCUCCGACUCAAGUCUGCAGUUUCUAGCUGACAUUGGCCUGGUUGUCAUCUAGACGUUAUCUGGCUCCUCUUACCCUGCGUGACUAUGAGCACCUCGGGGCUUCAGGCCACUGACAGGCAGAACGUGAAGGAGCUCGACAUCGUGAAGGAGUCCAUCAGCGACAUCAUCAACCAGCUCCAGGACAUUGACCCCGCUAGGCUCUCCUUCUCGCCCUUCCUGGAUCUGGACACUCAGAUCUCCCUGGCACCAGUGUCAGACAGCCCGGAGUCGUCUGUGGAGGAGCUCCGCUCUGCCUCCCAUUCGGUCUCUGGCUCCCAGCGCUCUCUGGGGCCGCCAUCAACAGAACAGUCAAGGAGCUCUGCUAGGUGCCACCAGCAGCCCAGCGCCAACCUUCCUGCACAUUGUGGAGCAAAUCAGACAGAGGAGGAGGAGUUGGAUCAAAAUCUUUCCAGCCCCAUCAUCACUUCGCACAGUUUGGACACAACCACGGAAAACUGCAUGGGCCCCCCUCUGCCGGCCUCUCAGGGCGACAUUCCCAACGGCACAAACACACCGAGAUGGAGCCCAGAAUCCACCAAUCUGGAGAGCACAGUGGACGAGGGCCAUCUGCUGAUAGGCCCACCACGGGAGAGCGUGGAACUGACUGUGUGGGGCCCCGGGGGCCUCAGGGAGACUGAUGCAGCAGCAGAGGAGGCUUCAGAUCAGGGGAGAUGCUGCUGUCACUGCUGCCAGUGUAAAUGCAGCCAGAGAAGCCGUCUCCCCGCUAUCUUUUCCGUUCUGGCCUCACUUUUAUGUGCAGCCGGGAUGCUCUAUGCACUCUAUUUUUAUGUCCCCUUAAGACCCCCCGACUGCCCCGACGUAAGCAGCCGCAUUGUUUUCACCUUCUGCUGCUGCACGGUGGCUACCCUCCCCAUGGUGCUCGCGAUGCUCAUGGGUGCAGCGUGCCAGUUAUGUUCUGGCUCUCUGAGUCUGCAGGAGUCAUCACCUCGAAGACACAUUCUGCAGCAGCUGUUUGUCACAUCAUCCCUGGAACAAUUACUCCUCUAUGUCCUCAACCUCGUUGUGAUGGCCACUUUACUGCCUCAGGAGCAGCUGAAGCUGGUGCCUAUACUGGUUGUCAUGUUCAUCAUUGGCAGACUUGUUUUCUGGUUAAGCCUGAACACGUGCAGCUCCUGGAGGGGUUUCGGUUCUGGUCUAACCAUCUUCCCACUCCUUGCCAUGAUCACUCUCAAUCUCUUCCUCAUGUACAAUCUCAAUCUCAAACAGCCCCUUUUUGGCUCUCAGGAUGCCCUGUAUAAUCAGGUCACCCCGUCUUCCUGGUUGGGGGAGACAUCACAGAGCCCGAGUGGCACACCAGACGUCCUGCCCACAGACAUCCUGGAUGCUCAGUGAGCGGGAGAGCUGAGCUUUCUUCUCCGAGAGGAGGCCAUCCUUCCAAAAAUAGGCCAUUCCUGUGGUCUGCUGCGCAGCAGAGCUACACCCGCUGCAACUAUAACCUCCAACUAUGUGAAGGCUUUUACUUGUUGCUCCUCCUGUGUGCAGCCUUUUUCAUGUGGUUUUGUGCUUUAUUAUCUGAAAUGCAAGCGCUCUGCCUGGCUGUGGCCGAGCAGGCUUUUGAACAAUGCUGUACACAUAAAACGUUUGUCUUUUUAAGCUAUUCCAAUGCCUAUAUUUAAGUGCUUAAAAGCUCUGCUCUGUAUGUCGCUGCAUUUGUUAUAACCUUACAGAACCACAAAGCAGCUGCAGUUGUCAGAUGUUACUACUUUAAUAUUACAGAGGCUUUGUACAGGACAAUGUCAGAAUAAAAGCAAUUUGUAAGAAAAAUAUA